CCCGCCUUUUUUUCGUAAACAGAAACAACGCAGACGCGGGCGACAGUCAAGUUGUGUGUGUCCGUGUCGAUGCUAAGAGUUGGAAGGCAGGUUCACAAUGGCAUCACAAGAAUUCACUGUGCUCUACACUCAUCAGAAGACCAAGAAAGCUAAGGCUUGGCAGGAUGGCAUCCUGAGAACCCAUGGCAAUGGCGGCAAGGCGAUUCUGUUAGAUGACAAAGGUUUGCGUCUGGACUCGGUCUUCCUGAAGGGUCAGAAAGUCACCGUUGGUUUGGAGUUGGAAAGUGACCGCUUCCUCAUAACAGUCGAGGAGUCGGCCAAUCCUACAAAUUUGUUAGUCAGUGCCACCCCUAAACCUACCAAUCCAGAGCCGCCCAGACGUCCAUGCCUUCCCAGCUUCAAGCGGAAACACACAACCGGUAGCUUCCGGACUCCCCGCGAGGUGGAGGUGAAGGCAGAGAAGUCUUCAGCGCCGGCACUUGGGUUGUCCCUCCCAGGAAAUGGAGACACCAAGGCCUCCUCGCUGCAGCAGGGACACAGUGCCGUCUGUCAUCCAGACUACACCACACCCACGGAGAGUGGGCCUGGGAACACGGCGUUCCCAGCUCUGUGGGGCUCUCUGCCAGGCAGGGAAAGCACGACAGGAAAGAUGCCCCCUCGUGCGACUGUACCAUCAAAUGAGGAGUACAGAGGGAUUCCCAACAACAUCAGUGGGAGGAGAGAUGGUGUAAUUGUGAGGGCGGUUCAGCCAGCGGAUCUGGGCAGUGCCAAGGAGGGCAUUGGAGUUCUAUAUGAGGACAGGAUGGACAGGGAUGCUGAUCCUGACAGAAAAACAUCUGAGUGCAUUUUUGUGGUUGAUUCAAAUGGCCGUAGCACUGAUGCAAAACGCACCAAAGCUCAAAUUCUGGCACUGCUGAUGCAAAGUGAUGGUGGUGGUGGGGCUGGUGCUGGUCAAUUGAACAAUUCCCCAUCUUCCCAGGAGAAACACGCUUUUUGGGAUCAGCAGUUUGAUCAGAAUGGCUCAAAAAUUGGGCAUACCAAUCGAAGCUCUUCUCAGGAUAAAGAACAGCCCAUCUUAAGCAAUAAACAAGAUUGUUUGGGCAAACUGCAUUGCGAGAACGUUGAAAAUGUGCAGCCUCACAGGGGUGAAGAGCCUUCCCUGAUUGGCCAACAGCCUUCAGAAGACAAACUAUGGCCUCACAUGGGGAUGGACUCUUGCAAACAGCAUUCCCAGGCCAUGCCACAGCCAUACCAGCAACAGCAGCAUUCUGAUCAGUAUAAACACUCUGACUGGAGCAAUGCAGAGCCGUCGCAGGGCAGCGUACAACUUAACCCAGCUGAAGAGCCUUGUCUUGAAAAACUCAAUCUGUACAAAGAUAAGGAGACAUACCAGAACAAAGUACAGCCCUUGAAAAGCAAAGUACAAUCCCACGAAAGCCUACAGCCUAACCCAGACACACAGUCUGAAUAUUAUGAACUACAGUCCUGUUUGGAUGAUGAGCUUCACACCAUUGCGCAGUCAUCCUCAGAGAGACAGCCACCUUUUUUGGACAAAAUACAGCCUUAUCCAGACAUGCAGCCAGCGGUAGACAAACAGUUCCUCUGUGCUGAACUAAAGCUUCACCAGAACAAACAGCAUUCCCCAGAAGAACAACAUCCUACCUCCAAAAUACAACCCAAAAUAGACACACAACCUUAUCAGGGUAAAUUACAGUCCAAUGUAGACCCACAGCUUCAGCAGGACACAUUGCAGCCAUUUCCAGUCUCAGUGGCAUUGCAGAAUACACUAGAGCCUCAUCAGCAAACACAACAACAAAAGCCAACUCAUCUAGAUCCACAGUCUUCCCAGGACUCGGACUUGGUGCACAGGACGGUCCCAGCUGAUGGCAUAGUUUUUAGGAACGAGACUACAAUACAAGACUCCCAGCCAAUGGUGGACUUUGACGUGUUCUCCGCAUUGGCAAGUGAGCUGGGGGCAGGCGACAGCCAGCCUGGCACAUUCUCCGAAGACGCAAGUGUACAGUCAGCCCAGCCACUACCUGAGCAGCACCGUGCUGCUCAGUGGCCUGCAACACACAGUCCAGUCUCUGUAACUGAGUGUGUGGCUUCAGAUGAGAGCUCUGCUGCUGCCAAUGGGAUUAGCACCCAUGCAGUGCUCACUGACUUGUCUGGCCUUCUGAGUACGACCAUGGAACCCUGCAAUAUUGAAGAUGAGAUGAAGUCUGCACACUACGUGCCGAGCAAGGGGCGCAGUGUGUGUGGUAUAGGUGGAAGUGAUGGUGGCGAAGAUGACGGGAUUGGUAGCAAGGGGGUCGAUUAUGUUUGCAACAUGAAGGCUAGUAACUCCGAUAGCAUAAUUUACAAAGACUGCUUUAUCGACACAGCACCCAUGAGUCCUAUUGAGGUUUCCCAGAGGGGAUGCAAGCCCAUUGCUCUCCUACAGGCGACGGAAACCUAUGCAAGCCAGAGCCAGACCUCUGUGGACACCAUGGACAUCUCACUAAGCUUGGAGGAGCAGGAUGAACAAGUGGAGGAGGCGACGGAGGUUUCCUCACUGCAGCACUUCCAGCCACAGCACGUGGUGACCAGCCAGGAUGUGUUCCGUGACCCUGAGGGGCUCACACCGAUGCACGUAUUUGAGCAUUUCACUCAUCCCGAGUGUUUGUCUCCGAAAAAGAAGGCAGAUCCUGCUCAAUGCUUUAUGGCUCAGAGGCAGCAGCAGGACAUACUUGCAAGUGGCUCAUCGGAUUUUGAAAUGUCACUGGAUUUUGAAGCUUCCACAUUACUACCUACACCAUGCCCACCAAUUGGGACACAAUCCUCCCAUGGGCCCUCUUACAAACCCAGCUCGAUUCAGAUCCGUGGCUCGGGGUUAAAUUCGGGGAGCAGGGAGUCCCCUGAGACUGGGACUUGGCAGCCUACACCCCAUGCGAUAGACAGGAGUUUGGAAGGGCAAGAGGUUGUGGGUGGAUCGGGCAGGAGGCAGCACCCAGGAGAGGGGGCAACAACACGGAGGCAACGGGGACAGGAGGAACCUGCGGGAAAAAGUGGCAGCAGCAGAUGGGACAAGUAUCACGACUCCUCCCUGGAGCAUCUCAUCGGAGCAGGAGAAGGCUGCUUUCAGUUUGAACCAUCCAUCAGUGACGGCCUCGCCAUGGGUGAUGGUGACGACGAUGACGAUGAAGAUGGUGGUGAUGGAGAUGAGCUGGACUUUGAACUGGAGUUCAAUGUCUCAGCGGAGCCUACCCCGGGCUUCAACGAGUACAGCGCUGAGAGCGGCGUUUUAGAUUGGCCGUCACCGAGCAACCUGUCUCUACAACAACAGUGCUUUCCUAAUGAUGCUGUUGUCAUGGAGGAGCGGCGAAGCUGCACUCUCAUUGACCCAUCUCCGGCUGAGCGCAGAGCGCUGAUUGGCCGCCGCCUGGGGUCCUCACUGGCCCGGUCACGGCCAUCUGUGGUGGUGUGUGGCAGCCGCCCUAUAGGGUCUGGGGUCCUCACACGUUGUCCGGAGUCCAGCGGGCAGGCCGUGCGCUUAUCAGAGCUGCGUUUUCCAUCCAUGGAGAGUGUCCUGAGGCAGCCGACUCUCAAACGAAAGAUCAUCAUUCCUGUGUCUUUCUCCAGCCCUGCUGCGUACAAAGACACCCUCUCGUCUGCCAUCAUAGAACAUCUCAAUUUGAUUCUGCAUGACACGGCCUCUCGCCUUCACCGCAAGAAGAUAGGGGGCCUGGGCAGUCGCGGAAGGCACGUGUCUCUGUAUAGAAACUGUCGACUCUUCCGCCGGAGUGUAUCGGAAGGCUUUGGGGGUCGGACCCUGGUUCAGCGAUUCCGAAAAAAAAAAUUCGUGACAGAAGAGAUGAAUUCCGGAAUUAAGAGGAAACUCUUUCUGCUGCUCAACCGCAAGGAUAAUCACAGCAGCUACAGCAAGGAUGACAUCUGGGUAAUUUCCACGGAUGCUGGGUUCCCUCCUGCCAACGUCAUGGUAGUGUGCAGUGUGUUCUACGGCCCGUCAGCCUCAGGCGAGCUGGAGGUGUCCCCCUUGAGGGAACACACGUCAAGCACGUGGCCACAGAACGCGACUGUGCAUGCGAUUCACGUGUGCAACGCCAGCUGGGAGCUCAGCUGCCUGCGGAACAUCCGCGAAAACGUGGAGGUGUCCACCUUGCCCAUCCUGCCUCUGAUGCUUAGCCUUGAGGGCUCACAGGAACGGAGCGUGAAAUCUCGCCGAACUGGCUUCCGUCCCCCGCUCGCCCUGGCUCCGCCUGUGCAUGGCAGUUGGGUCGACCCGGCCCAGACAUGGCCCAGGGAACUGGCGGAGCGAACCAUUGCGGAGCGGGGGCUCAACGGGGAGCAGGGUGACGUGCUGAGGAGAGUGGCCCACAUGAUACAAGCUGGGGCUGAGACGGCCGGGGUCACAAUAGUGCAAGGUGUGUUCGGGGCUGGAAAGAGCUUCAUGCUGUCCUGCAUUGUCAUGUACCUGAUCGGAGUCCUCCGGAGAGUGAAGCACGAGGCCGGAACCAAGAGGACUCCUCUCAGGGUCCUCAUCUCAGCCGCCACCAAUGUAGCAGUGGAUCGUGUCCUGCUGGGGCUGCUAGAUCUCGGCUUUGAAGAGUUUGUCCGUGUUGGGAGCAUCAAGAAGAUCGCCAAGCCCAUCCUGCCCUUCAGCCUGCAUGCUGGCUCGGGUAAUGAUAGUGACCAGCUGAGGGAGCUACAGUCCUUGCUAAAAGAGCAGCUCUCCCCGGCCGAGCGAGUGUUUGUCAAGCACAGCAUCGAGACGCACAAGCUGGGACGCAACCGCAAUCUGCUGAAGGAGGUGAGUGUAGUUGGCGCCACCUGUGCUUCCUGCCCAUUCCCCAGCAUGAGUGGUCUAUGCUUCCCAUUCGUCAUUCUCGAUGAGUGCAGCCAGAUCACCGAGCCCAUGUCCCUGCUGCCCAUAGCACGGUUUGGUUGUGAGCGUCUCCUCCUGGUGGGCGACCCGCGGCAGCUGCCCCCCACGGUGCAGGGCUCUGAGCCGGAGCACGAGUCUGGCCUGGAGCAGACGCUAUUCACUCGCCUCAAACACAUGGGACACCCCCUCGUGCAGCUCAGGACACAGUACCGCUGCCACCCGCACAUCAGCCUGCUUGCCGCAAGCCUCUUCUACCAGGGGGAGCUCCGUGAUGGCGUCGGGGUUGCCGAGCGGCCCAGUGCGGCUCCAUGGCUCCCCACUCUCGCAUUUCUCGAUGUGCCGGGGCAGGAGAAGGUGGACACAUGUGGGAGCUACUACAACAAAGCGGAGGUUGACGCUGCUGUCAAGUUGGUUGACGCCCUGGUUGAGAGCCGGGUAGAGCCUGAGGAUAUUGCUGUCAUCACUCUCUACCGCGCCCAGGCGGCCAGGGUGCACGAGUGUCUCGCGUCCCUCUCCGGCUCGUUGGCAGCCGUCCGUGUAUGCACGGCGGACGCGUUCCAGGGUGGCGAGGUGCGCGUGUGCGUGCUCAGCAUCGUCCGUUCACCUCGAGACUCGUCCUCCUCUUUCUCCUCAUCAUCAUUCGUGGAAUCGGAGCAGCGUGCAUGCGUGGCUCUGACGAGGGCGCGUGGGAAUCUGGUGGUGCUGGGUUGUGCUACGUCGCUUGGCAGGGGUGCCCUCUGGGGGCGGGUGCUCAAGCACUGCCAAGAGCAUGGAGCCGUGCUGAGUUCUCGGGAGUUCUCUGCUCAGCUCGAUCACAUCAUUGCCGCACGUGGGUGCGGGGAGCCCGAAGGCUCCAGAGGAUCAGAGGAACCGCAGAAGAAACGGAGGAAACAAAAUCCAAGCAAGUCGCCCCAGGCCUCCAGGAAGCAGCCUCAACCCGGGGAUGUGGAUUUGCUGGGAUCGGACUGGGAAUCGGGCGAUGAAAAGCUGGCCCCAGAAAAUGAUCUCAACAAAAGUCAGGGUCGCCCACAGCGUCGCAGAAUCCUCGACCUCGGCUCAGAGUCUUCGGAUGAAGAGUGAAUCAGUUCACAGUCUCAGUUCCUGAGUUCAUAGUUACAAGGAGUUCCUGAGGCCAGUGAAGAGUUUUACGGUCUCAACUGAUUCUUGUAAAUUCUUCUCAUAUGCAGAUUCCAGGCUUCACAACUUGGCAAGGAAGACACCUGGCUGGACCCAAAAUACUGAACGUUAUCAAAAACUAGGCAUGUCUUAAUUCUAAAUUUGAAGCUUUUGUGACUGCAAGGAUUCAUACUCUUUGGUUUUUUCGGUAAAGUCACGUAGGUAAAAAAUAAAAUAAAUGAAAACUAAAUUAAAUCACGUUUUGGGCCCAACACAAGCGUCCGUCAUUAGGUGGGAGAUAAUGGCCUACUGCUGAUGCAGACUAUUUUAAAGGAUGCAGACUGUUUUAAAGGAAAACAGCCCGCAUCAGCAGUAGGCCUUUAAAACAGUCUACAUCAGCAGUAGGCCAUGCUUUCCCACCUGAUGACGGACGCUUGUGUUGCACCUGAAACGUCGUGAUUUAAUUGAGUUGUUUUCAUUUAUUAUUUUAUUUUUUACCUACAUGACUUUACCGAAAAAACCAAAGAGUAGACAUGUCUUGCAUGGAAGACCUUGGAUUAUAAACAUGAAAAGUAUACUCUAAUGAAAUUGGGCGGAAGGUAAAAAGUGUUGGUGAGGUGUGGCAUCAACAGCUUUGGCCAUGAUGACAUCUUGAUCUUUUUUCGUGAAAACAUUGGAAGAAAAAGUAAAAACCAAGUACAGAAUAACUAAAACAUCCCAAACAUUAAAUGUACCUGACAUGAAUCACAGCAGAAUAAAGCAAUAUUUUAUAUUAAUAAUUGUACUAAAAUACAAAAUAAUUAUUUAUCAAGCUGUUCUAUUAUUCCAACAUAAAUUGAGUUCAUCAUUUAGAGAGAAACUCUUCCAUAGGAAUGUGGAAUGUUCACCACUCUGGGCUGCCAAUGGACAAGAGUGCCACUUAAGUUUGAUAAUACGCUUUAAGCUUGUUUUAAAUUAACAAUGUGUUUUUAUUUAUUGUGCGUUAAUGUUUGAGUGUAAAACCCUAAUAAACAAGUGUUUGUGUUAUUUAA